AUGGCCCUGCGCAGUGGGGCGGGCUGUUUCGGCCGGGUCUGGCGCAGGGUGUCGGGGCUCCCGGACGCCUGGCCCCGGCGCUCGAGCAGCCUCCUGUGCCUGUCCGCCUUCUCGCCGGAGCCCGGGCCCGCGCCGCCCCUGCCCCGCCAGCCGCCUCGCGGUGGCGGCGGCUGUGGCGGCCCCGGCGGAGGGGGGCCCCCCCAGCCUCCCCGCCCCCCGCCUCCCCGCUGCUGCUGCUGCUGCUGCUGCUGCUGCUGCCGCCGCCGCUUACAACUUGGAGGCGGCGGCGGCGGCGGCGGAGGAGGCGGCGGCGGCCGCCGGGCGCUGCAGUGGGACGCGCGCGGCUGCGAGCCUGCGGGACAUGCCCCCCGCGCCGGCUCCUUGCUGGCGGCCAUGAAGAGGCAGAACGUGCGGACUCUGUCCCUCAUCGUCUGCACCUUCACCUACCUGCUGGUGGGCGCCGCCGUCUUCGACGCCCUCGAGUCGGACCACGAGAUGCGCGAGGAGGAAAAACUCAAAGCCGAGGAGAUCCGGAUCAAGGGCAAGUACAACAUCAGCAGCGAGGACUACCGGCAGCUGGAGCUGGUGAUCCUGCAGUCGGAGCCACACCGCGCUGGCGUCCAGUGGAAAUUCGCCGGCUCCUUCUACUUUGCCAUCACGGUCAUCACCACCAUAGGUUACGGGCACGCCGCUCCCGGCACGGACGCGGGCAAGGCCUUCUGCAUGUUCUACGCGGUGCUGGGUAUCCCGCUGACCCUGGUCAUGUUCCAGAGCCUGGGCGAGCGGAUGAACACGUUCGUGCGCUACCUGCUGAAGCGCAUCAAGAGGUGCUGCGGCAUGCGCAACACGGAGGUGUCCAUGGAGAACAUGGUGACCGUGGGCUUCUUCUCCUGCAUGGGGACGCUGUGCAUCGGGGCGGCCGCCUUCUCCCAGUGCGAGGAGUGGAGCUUCUUCCACGCCUACUACUACUGCUUCAUCACGUUGACUACCAUUGGGUUUGGGGAUUACGUGGCCCUGCAGACCAAGGGCGCCCUGCAAAAGAAGCCGCUCUACGUGGCCUUUAGCUUCAUGUAUAUCCUGGUGGGGCUGACGGUCAUCGGGGCCUUCCUCAACCUGGUGGUCCUCAGGUUCCUGACCAUGAACAGCGAGGACGAGCGGCGGGACGCCGAGGAGCGGGCGUCCCUCGCCGGCAACCGCAACAGCAUGGCCAUCCACAUCCCCGAGGAGGCACGGCAGGGCCGGCCCCGGUACAAGGCGGACGUGGCGGACCUGCAGUCCGUGUGCUCCUGCACCUGCUACCGCCCGCAGGAAUACGGUGGCCGCUCGGCGGCACAGCAGAACUCCUUCAGCGCCAAGCUCGCCCCCCAGUACUUCCACCCCAUCUCUUACAAGAUCGAGGAGAUCUCACCAAGCACAUUAAAAAACAGCCUCUUCCCGUCCCCUAUUAGCUCCAUUUCUCCCGGGUUACACAGCUUUACCGACAACCACAGGCUGAUGAGACGGCGGAAGUCCAUCUAG